AUGCCAAAGCCCGUCCCUAUCCCCAUACCACUCCGAAAAGCACUUAUCGAGUGCUUCAGAGCCGCCGUCCGCCUGGUGCGACCAGAGCUUCGUCGCGAGUUGAUACUCGUGGGUGGGCUGGCGAGCAUCGCCCACUCGUCGGAUUACUACACCGAGGACCUAGAUGUCGUGGCGCCCGUCGAUGUUAUUGCCGACAUCUGGAAUGAGGUGAUAAAUGGCGCCCCUAACUUCGCCAUGGAGCCCGACCAUACUAUUUCUUUCGAUGCCAGCCAAGGGUUCCGCGUCCAUAUGGACCUCCUAGAAAUGGGGAAUAGCGCCAUCGACCGCGUCGUGAAGGCCGAACCCUUCGAAGAAGGGUCAGUUGCGUCCGUAGCGGACUUGUUUAGGUUGCGGGCCAUGUCGAUCGUCGAUCGUAGAAAAGAUGGGGAAGAUGUAGAUUUUAGAUGGUUGUUGUCGAAAAUGGCUAUGUUGGGCCAGAUUCUACCAGAACUGGAGGAGGAGGAGAUGGACUGCAUCAUCGAAGCCGGGGGGGAUUUACUGGGGAAGGCUGAUCGCCUGGCCUUACUGGCCAUAUUGAGCGAGCGCGAUGCGCUGAACGUUUACAAUAGAUUAAGAUAA